UCUUGUAUAAAUAAUGAACAAUGUGUCAAUUUUACCGUGUAUAUGAAUCAGACGUUCUGAAACCGGUAGUUCUGCAGUCAUUAACUUCUGUGUGUUUCCCUGUGUGAAUACCUGGCUGAUAAAAAUCACCGGAUCGAAUUGAACAUUUUCAGUGUCAGUGUAACUUCGAGAUACGAAGAUGGUGUCAUUCAAAAUUGUUUCAAUAUUUCUGAUUUAUAUUUUUGCUGAUACAGUUAUAUGUGGGAGACUAAGUUUCCGUACUGGAAUAUCAGAAAAUGAAAAUAAUCCAUAUGUUCACAAUAUCAAAGCACGAUCUGCAUUCGUGAAACCUCUGAAGCACGUCAUUGGACACAUCGCAGACCACCUAGGCAUUCACUCGAGACAUCCAGGAUGUGACGACAGGCAUUUCCAUCAUCACCAUGGUUUUUCAUUGGGGCAUCGAGACAAUACCCACCCUGGUUAUAAUUUCCCGGUGUUCCAUGACUCAAACGUAUAUCACGGUCCACCUCCGUUUCAAGACGAGAAUCGACACGAUUUCCAUCCUCAUGGACCAGUUCGAGAUCCUCAAUUCAACCCCAAUUUUCCCGUAAAUAAUAAUAAUGAUUUCCACGGAUUCCAUAAGGAUAGACCAGAUAAGGAACAUGAAAUUCCUGUGGAAAAAGACGAACGACCCUCAACCGACGUCGAUAAAAAAUUCGGGACAAAAAAGCCAGCGGCGUAUCCAUCUAAAAAUGAAGGCGACACAAGUAAAAAUGACGAGGACUAUCCUGUAAGCGAUUUUGAAAAAAAUGACAAGAAGAACGGUAAGAAUCCGUUCGUGAACGAAGGAGGUAGUGUUGACCUGGAAAGUGAUUUUUCUGGCGAAAAUAAUGGAAAAAAAGAAGCAAAUGAUUCUCGUGAUUGGGUAGUAGAACCAGAAGAUGAAGUUAAAAACGCGGGAAGUGGUGAAAUACCCUCAACGUCGCAAAUAGACAUAAGAUUCCGUAAAGAUUGAUGAGUGCUAAAAAUAUGAAGCCAUGGAACUGAACACUUUAGGUUUAUAUCUUUUAUAUUUAUAUUGGCAAUGUUUCAUUGCUUGAGAAACAAUAAAAGAAAAGAAUAUUAGUA